UUUAAAUCUCGAAUUUACUCAACUUUGUUUACAAAACAGAUGGUCUGGUAAUUUACAUUGGAACUCAUUUAUCAUCCCGUUUAUAGGUGAAGGAAAGAAGCAUCAGUUGAGAGGAACUAUUAACCAUUUUCCAGUAGCUCGAUUUUUCACAAGGAUUCUGUCAGAUAUAGACAUGUUUUGAAAUGAAUAAACAGUGUCAUCUUAAGAUGCUGAGCUGUAUCACUUUUCGUAAAAUUAAAAACAUAUCCCUCUGUCUCAUGAUGGCUGCCCUGGUCGCAAAUCUGAUGGGACUUCUGUCUAAAAUUUGGACUUCACGCAAAGUAGAGGAACAUUCCUACCGUGAGAGCAAAUACAAACUUCCAUACCCAAAGACUCCACAUUUAGUCCUGGGAAAUGACGUCAUAAAAGACAGAAAAAUCUUAAUAAUUGGUGACGUACAUGGCUGUCUAGAAGAGUUGAAGGAAUUGUUGGAGGAAGCGAAAUCAAGGUGCGCGGAUCAAGAGAUCCUUCCUGUGUUUGUAGGUGAUCUUCUUUCUAAAGGACCAUUUCCGGUGGAGACUGUCAGAAAACUCCAAACUAUGGACCAUUUUGCGGUGCGUGGAAACCAUGACGAAGCAGUGCUUAGACAAGCUUUACUCUACAAAAGUACAGAAAAUUACGAACUUCCAAAGAAGUAUGAAUGGGUGCCGAAGCUCUCUGAAAAAGAUAUCACAUAUCUUCAGGAACUUCCAUAUACAAUUUCCAUUCCGAGUAUAAAUGUGAUAAUUGUUCAUGCGGGAUUGAUUCCAGGAGUUGAUCUCUUUAAACAGAAUUUGACUAACAUGAUCAUUAUGCGAAACAUUGUAAAAUCUCCCAAUGGUUCUCUGACUCCAGCAGAAUUAACAAACGAAGGAGAGGCUUGGGCCUCACUUUGGCCUGGCCCAGAUCACGUGUAUUUUGGCCAUGAUGCCAUAAGGCGUUUACAGGAGCAUGCGCAUGCAACGGGCCUAGAUACUGGCUGUGUGUAUGGGAACGAACUAACUGGUGCUUUGGUCUCCAAGGACAGAAGAGAAUUCAUUCACAUCAAAGCCAAAAAAGUUUACAAACAACCUGACAUAUGAUAGACUGGGAAAACCACACAGAUAGUGCUUCUUAUUAUUAACCUUUGUACAAGUUCAUUCUCAGAUUGUAUUUUUGAGAUAUUUUAGGGAGCCUUUUAAUUAGAUUGUUUCC